AUGGCUUUUCGGCCACUGGGCCUCAGCGUGUUGGCGGCCGGCUUCUGGGGAGUGCAGCCUCCAGCGCUGCUCCUGCCGCGUGGCUACGGCCCUUCCCACGCGACGCGGGCCCCGUCAAGGCCAUCACGUUGUUGCCGUGAAGAUGACGAGGAGGCGGUCCUCCCAUCUCGGCUCUGUGCAGCGGGUGACGCCGCGGCCGCCUCUGGUGAGGGUCUGCUGGCCCGGGAAUGCUACGAAGCCGCUGUCAGCCUCCUGAUGGGCAGUGACUACACCUCCCAAGCCGAACGGGCUGAGGUUUUCAUGAGGAUCGGAGACACCUAUCUGGAUGAGCAAGUUGCUGACGGCGCCCUUGAGUGGUUCGAGAAGGCUCAGCGAGAGCUCGACACGAACUUGAGGCUUGCGGCACCGCUCCGAGCAGCCUUAGCAGCCCGACGGGCUGCAGCCAUGGCUCAAGGAGGCAAUGUCCUCGACGCGCUUCAGGAGGUUGAGGGGGCGCUCAGGCUGCUCCAAGGUUCAGGCGAUGGAGAGGCGCAAGAAACGGAGCCGCCCGAAGCAGUUCUCGUCCGGACUGUGCGGUGCGAGCUGCUGCUGAGGGCUGGCCGGCCAGAUGAUGCGAUCCAGGAGCUGCGAAAUAUGCGGUCCCGGUCGCCGCGCGCAUCGACAGCCUUGGGCAUGGCCUACCUUGCAGCGCAAAACUUUUCGAUGGCCAGAGCAGCGUUGCAAGAAGCCAUCGCGGGAUUUGAGGCCCAGGGCGGCCAAGACACCCUGCUGGCCGCACGAGCCCUUCGCAGCCUCGGGGUGGCCCAGCGUGAGUUGGGGGAUGCUGCCCUGGCGCAGGAAACGCUCGAGGCGGCGAGGAGGAUCUUGGAAUCCCGGGGGCAGUUGAGCUCCGAAGAUGGCAGCCGCUGCCUCCUUGCUCUGGGUGAUGCUUAUGUCGAAUUGGACGACUUCGAGGAGGCCAUCGAGUGCUUUGAGCUCGUGCGCCUUAACGCGGAAGUUGGCAAAGCCAGCUCGAGCUCAGUUGCGGCUUGGCUAAAGUCUAAAGUGGCUGAGGUUUAA